UUCAUCAAGAAUUCGAAUUUCGCGUAAAUUCUGAAACUCUCUUCUUGUGAUGCAUCAUGGGUAGAAAUGGGAACAAACGUGCUUCUUGUUUCGUCUUUUCAUUUAGAAUUUGGAAUUCUGAAGUCUUGGCUUUGUUUUUUCGCCCCCUCUUUUUUGAGAAUUCUGGGAAUUCCCUGUUGGCUUGGGGGCGGCUCUGGGGAAACUUUUGUUUUAAUUCGUUAAAUCCUAAUGUUCUGGGAAACGUCUAUGCAGAUCUUAUGGUUUCUGAGUUUCUAGCUUCUGGUUUCUGGUUUUUCAUCUAUCAGUGCUUUUUUAAGGACUGGGGAUAUUUAGCAAAUUCAGAAUCUUGUUUGGUUGUAGCCAUCAAGAAAGUUAAGUCUGUGGAUGGAUGCUUCUUUAAUAGAAUCAGAAUUGGCAAUGUGUUUUGUGGGUGGCUCAUUUUAGUGCAAUCUGAAAUGAACUGCAGAAGACUUAGCUUAUCAGGGGUGAUUCAUUGUGUAUUUGAAGAUAUUGAAGAGGUGAUAGUAGGACUUUUUCCCUCCAAAAUGGGAUUAUUGUUUCUUGUGUUUCGGAAAUGAGAUUUUAAGAGAGAGAAUUGGAAGAGAUAAUUCAAAUAUUGAGUUGCUAAAGGAUUUGAACGUCCAAAUUAUUGAAAUGAUUAAAUCUUUUGUCUGUAACCAAAAAUCUUUUUUGCGAUGUCCGUAAGAGGGAGGAAUGGGUAAAGGAAGAAAACUGGAAAAGAAAGAGUAACCUGAGAUUCUAAAAUUAACAGGAUAGUUCCCCCCCCCCCCCCCCCUCCAAAAGAAAAUUCUUGCUUUUAAAAAUCUUCCUUGAUAAUACUAAAGAAAAAUUUCCAAUCUCUAGAAUCUGGGUUUGAUUGUUAGUCUCAUCCUUUUGCUCCGUUUCCUUUGCCAUGGUGUCACCAAGCAAACAACAUGCAAAUGCCUCUCUCUCUCUCUCUCUCUCUCUCUAUUCCUCAACAGGACGGUAAAUAAUCAGCUAGAUUUCUUGUUUUAUCUUUCUUUUGAAAGACAUGAUCUUCUGAAUCCUCUAUUUCCUCUUCAAGGCUCAGAAGUUAUAGUCCAUUGCUUUUAAUCUAUGGAGGAGUAGUCCUUUAGUGCAGGGAAUGUGCCAACAGAUUGACAAUAUUCUUCUAUGCAAGUUCGUAUGUGAUACUUUCCAUAGAACCUCGUGCAGUCAAAAAGAACUUGAAGGCUCUGCUUGACUGCAGAAGAGAUUUGUGUUUUGGUCCUUUUUAAGCAUUGUUAGACAUGCUUUCUAACUCUUAACCUCUGUAUAAUAAUCCAUAAGAAGGACUAUACUCUCACUAAUCACCAAUUACUAAACCAUAAUGUACCCAUUCCUAAAGUCAGGCUAUUUCGUUUCCAUCACUGAAAUUUCAGUUUCACCGUACUUGGGCCGAGGCAGAACGAAGAGAUACUGGUUAAGUAUGGAUGAGUAUGCUGAUAAAGCUAAAGGUGGAUUACAUGUUGCGGAAGCAGCUUUUGACAAGCUCUACUCACUUGAAGAACCCUCCUUUAAGGAGCAUGAUGUGCAAGAACUGGAUGUUUUUACGCAAGCUUUAACAGAAGUUGACUUUCGCUUAGCAUAUUCUUCUGAGAAGCUGAUGAACUUGCAUGUGCUUUUUAUCUAUCUGUUGAGACAGGAAAAUGACCUUGAAGCGAUGAAUUUAAAGAAUAACUGCAUCUCAAUAGACUUCAUGGAAAAGGCAUUUGCAUUUGAUCUUUUGUUAGGCAUAUUAGAUUCUGAGGUAAGAGAGCUGGACAAUUUCAUGGACAUUCUCCAAGCAGAAAUUGUUGAUGCUCGUCAUAAAAUACUUUCAUGCAGAGAUUUGAAAGAAGUUCCCUUCACAAUGGAAGAAAAAUUGCAUGACUCUGAAGAGUCCGUGAAGGAGUUUCACCAGCAGCUGUUGGAAUUGAAGAUGCAGUCAUCCAAGUUACAGAAAACCCUCGAGGCUUUCCAACAUGAGAAUUGGGAAACAGGGAAGGCUAUUAAUUUGUCAGAAAAUGGCCAACUAUCCGGUGCAAAAACAGAAUCAGAUGAUCAGAUGGUUGAACAGCGAAGAUAUAUUCUGCGGAUGCUUGAGAGGUCUUUGGUAAGGGAGGUAGAUCUUGAGAAGAAGUUAGCAGAAUCAAGAGAACAUGAAGAUCUAAAAUUGAAACUGCACCACACGGAACAAUUAUCAAUGCGCAUGGAAGAAGCUGCGGAAUUUGUUUGGGGAAGAUUUCUUGAGGCAGAAACUGCAGCUGAGAUGCUCAUGGGGAUUUCUAAAGAUAUGAUGGGGCGCCUCCAGAUAGCCGAGCUUAACCUCAAUGGUUCUGUUCAGCGAGAGAAUGAGUUGAAAUCAAAACUUCAAACUUGCAUAGAAGAACUCAAGGAUAAAGACUCUUCUUUAGAGAAGCUUGAGCGUAUUAAUGCUGAGCUCAUGAAGGAAAAUGCUGAAGUGCAAUCUUUGAGGGAAAAGGUGAAAAAUCUUGAAGAAGAACGAAUAGAAUUUGAACAUCAUCUAUCUACUGCAACUGCUGAGAAUGAAACUAAUCAAGAGCAUCUUAUUGAAAUGGAAAAUUUUGUUGAGUCAUUGAAAGAAAGCAUUUAUACAGCAGAAACUAGGGCUGAGAGUGCAGAAGCGAAGGUUACACAGUUAACUGAAACUAACGUCGAACUUACUGAAGAGCUGAAUUUUCUUAAAGGUAGUGCUAGUACGGCAGAAAAAAAGGUGGGUUUACUUGAAAACCAGCUGAGGGAAUCAGAGAUUCAACUACAAAAUGCAAAAGCAUCGUCUGAAGCUAGUCAAGAACAGCAGAACAUGUUAUAUUCAGCUAUAUGGGAUAUGGAAUUGUUAAUUGAAGAGCUAAGAUCAAAGCUAUCGAAGGCGGAAAGUACAACAGAAAGUGCAGAAGAGCAAUGCAUUGUGUUAUCAGAAGCUAAUGAAGAACUAAAUAAAGAAUUGGAUCUCCUGAGAUCUAGAAUGAAAAGCUUGGAAACAUCUCUGGACCAAGCUAACAACUCAAAAAUUUCAAGUGCAAAAGAAAUCAAUGUUAGAACUAAGUUUAUCAUGGACAUGGUCAUGCAACUAACCAUUGAAAGGGAACAUGUCCAUCAACAGUUAUGUGCUUUAAAAAUUGAGAACAGAAGUUUGGAAGAAAAGCUGAAGAAUGUUAAAAGGGAUGUCCCUCUAGAUUCCUGCCACAAUGGAUUAAAUAAUAGCAGUGAAGAUCAAGCUUCUAACAUUGACUCUAGCAAUGGUAGCUGUACGAAAUCUGCUGAUGAAGAAGGAGAAGAUAUUUUAAAUCAAAUUUUCCAGGGGGGUGAGCCAUCCGAAGAUGCAAGCUCUGAAAGUAAAGUAGAAUGUUCCGUUCCAUCACAGAAGUCUGGAAAAUUUAGCAGCUCAACAUUUUUUUCAAUGGCAAUCAUUGUGCCACUGGUUUCUUUUUUAGCCAUCCUCUUGUUUGAUAAGGAAACCUUUCACUUUCUGAGAACAUUUGAUGGUUAAGUCAUGACUUAUGACUUAAUCAUUGAAGAAAUCUGCUGCUUGUGCUUUUGUGAAGUCCUUUCACUUCUGUAUUGUAUUGUAUAUUCAUAUAAUUAUGUAGCCUUAGAAUUGGAGUAAUCCAUUGUUGCAAUUGAAUUGUACAUAUCAAGAGUCUGCAUUUUUUCAAUUUUCAAAUAAUGUAAGAAAGUCAUCCAAAGAAUUGGAAAGAUGGAAGCUUGUCCCUGCAUAA